UCUUUCAUCAAUUCGGUCGCAUCCGAUGAUCGACUUACUUUUGUUGCAAAGGAAAGUUUGACAUCCAAGAGAAACCCCGACGUCAAAGCAAAGCAACCACGAUGAGGCUCUCUUUGCAUUUAGUAUUCUUGAUGUCUGUUGGCGCGGCGAUGGCUGCAGCCUCGGAACCCAGCAGCUUGCGACGACACCUGAGUGAAGACGAGGAAUCCAGAGGUUUUUGGGGCAGUCUCUGGAAUGUCUUUUUUGGAGACGGCAAUUUUGAAUGGAGACCAUUCGAUGGAGCAUUUUCGAAAUUCUCGAAUGCAUGGAAGGAAGAUGAUAAUAAUCCUGAUGAUAUGGGCGCUUUUGUUUUCAAAGUCACUCUCAAUGAUUCAAUCCCUGUGGUGGAAAACUCCUUUGCUGCAGAGAGUUUGCAAAUGACAACAAUUUCGCGAAACGGGCUCAUUGGUGACAAGUGGAACCGUUACGCUUGGUCUUCGGCGCUUGACAACGAUGAAACACUCUACAUUGGAACAUUCAAUGCCAACCUGAAUCUUUGGAACGCGAUCAAGUUCUACAUUGCCAUCGCACGAGCACCAUUGGGGAUGAAGAGAAAAGCCCUUGUGGAUGGUUUCUUGCGGUGGUUCCAUGGUGGUCCCCUCAUGGACAGCAAUGGAGCUCAAAUUGUCAAAUCCGAUGGAGAGGGAGGUUUCACCUUGGAGUUCAAUGCGCCAAAAGACUUUGUUGGGUUCAGGAGUAUGGUCAACUACAACGGAGACAUUUAUGCUGGAAGUGCUAACGGAGCUGAUGGACCCAAUGGCAUUUCACGCUACGAUUUUGAAUUCUAUGGAGAAGGAGUUGGUGCAAAGGUCUUUACCAACGCUGGCGGAGAUUACCACAUGUUGGAUGACCAAGGAAACCUCGAUGCUUACGACAAGUCGAUUCGAAAAAUGUGCGUCUCCGAGCACACCAAUCGUCUCUUUAUUGGUACCGAAACGCACGAGUGCGCCAAGGUGGUGAUUUACGAUGCGGCCCUCAACACCUUCAAAAAGAUCCAGCAGACUGGUGAGCACUGUAAGCUUGCCGUUUCCGAGUGUCUCUACAUCGGAGAUGGUAAAAUGUUGAUUGGAACCUGGCAAAGCUUGGGACACGCCUUGUACGUCAUUGACGAAAUGAAUGAUGAUGCCAUUACACAGGUGGCCACUCCCGCUAUGCGGGGUCACUUUUCACACGGAGUCAUGGAGCUGAGAGUCUUCAAAGGCCAGCUUUACGUGGGUCUCCUCAGUUUCCCAAGCGGUUUUGCAUUGUUCAGAACCAGCAAUUUGAAUGUCUUGGGCGUCGGGGACGACGAGUGGGAAAUUAUUACCGAUGAUGGUUUUGCCCAAGAGCAGCGAGACCAACUUGGAGCUCGUGUUUCUGGAAACGAAUAUCCCUGGUCUUCAGCAGAGAUUGAUGGCGUCUAUUUGCUUGGAACCAUGACAGUCUCGCAACGAGGUAUCUCCCUGAAUUCACAAGAGUUGAUUGGAGUCCAGCCUCAGCUGUGGGCAUCACGCGAUGGAUCCACCUGGACGUUGGUCCCUCACGAGGAUCAACCUGGCCAUCUCUUUGGCUACCGUACCAUGCAAUCGACGGCAGAUGGGAAAACACUAUACAUUGGAUCCGCUUCAAGUCUGUUUGAACGAGUUGACAGGAGCGAGUUCGAAGCCGAUAUUGAGCCCUAGAUCUAACUGGAGUCCGUCAUAAGCGACUGUCACUCCCCAGGACUGUGGAGAAAGAAAGAAAGAGCCAGCAGCCGGCUCACAGCCAUUUCCCUAGAGUGUGCGUUUUAUGGCACGGAAGAAAGACUUGAUCUCUUGUUUGGUUGCUACGGUAGCAGAGAGAAAGAUACACUAAGCUUUAUAAAUGGUCCAUGUUUGCAUAUCCACCCAAAGGCAGA